AGCGGCAGCGCCGUAGAGGGGCCAGACUCGCUUAGAGUCAUCCGAGCAAGUAUCUUAUAGUAGAUACACUGGGAGCGCCCGGAGUGCAGCGAGCGAUUCGCACUGUCUCCAGGGCGUUUUGCAGAAUUGCACUUUUUGAAGCUCCGUGUCUUUAUUGCUCCUUUUAUUUUUGUUCCGUUAAUAAAGCCGCCUUGUCUGGCGCUGGUUCCGAGUCGAGCUCCUCUUGUCGCUUUCAGCCGGGUUGGUUAUGACGAUGGAGAUCGCGGCUGCUGUGGGUUUUGUCAGCAGACUCCUGCGCAACACGGGUUUAGUGAGCCCGGGCCAGCUACAAAUCUUCAGCCACUCGCUACAGGACGCCUUGGCAGAGCACUACAAACAUCAUUGGUUUCCAGACAAGCCGUGCAAAGGCUCGGGUUACCGGUGUAUCCGAAUAAACCAUAAAAUGGACCCCUUGAUCGGAAAAGCUGCCAACAGAAUAGGUCUCAGCAGCCAGCAAUUGUUCAAACUCCUUCCCAGCGAGCUGACUCUGUGGGUCGACCCCUAUGAGGUUUCUUACCGCAUAGGUGAAGAUGGGUCCAUCUGUGUCCUGUAUGAAGCACCGCCGGCCAAUAACCUGGGGAUGUUGACCUGUAAAAACGAGUUGAUGAUGGGCAGAACCAGCCCUUCCAAAAACUACUGGAUGGCAGUUUCAAGCUGAGAGGCACUUUAAUGCAACUGAGCAAUAUAUACCAUAAGUGGAGUUUUCUUAAAAAUGUGGCUUUUAGUAAAAAUUACUUGACCCUGAUUUUUAAUUUUAAAAAUCGACCUGCCUAAGCAAGUAUGUUAAGGUAUAAUUAGUUAUCUGGAUGGGGACUUUCCAAAGGAACAUCAAAUGGUGUGAUCCUCUGAUGAAACUAUUACAAACCUGGCAUAGUUUCAUGAGUGGGUUGUACAGAGUAAGUAACCAAAACUACUUUAGCUGAGUAAACUUAAUAUUCUGAUUUGAGGAUAGGAUGUUACGGACUCAUCACACAUGGUUGAUGCCUAAUCAAAACUUUUUUAUAUUCUGAAAUUCUAACGUUGAGCGUUGGAAACAACUAAUAAAGCACUGAAAAUGAAGAACACUUUAAAGAUUUCUGACUUAGAAGGAUUACAACCAUGAUGUAUUUUGAUCACAAGACAAAAGUAAGCUGUUUUGAAUCUUAAACUUUUUUAAAACUUCAACAUGGCUGUUUUUAUAAAUCUGUAUAACAUUGUUUGCUGUCCCCUCAAAGCAGAAUAUACAGUCAGACUUUUUUUAAAAAUCCUAGCUUUUUGACUUGUAACUCAGUAUUGACCUACAGUGAAAUACAUUUUACAUAUCUCUUUUUUUUUAAAGGGACACUGCCUUUUGGUCUAAGCUGUGAACUGAUUCCUGUAGGUUAUUGUAAAACUGACUUUGUGAAACUCUGCAAAGCCUCUUUUCAAAUGAGAACUUAAGGGAAAAAUCACUUUUGGUAGCAUAUUGUGCAGAUCUGGAUAGUUUGUCUGUACAUAAUUUUUUUUGACAGUCUGUAAGCUAUGUGAAUCUGAACUGUGUACAUUUUUCUUAAAUAUUGUACAGCUGUAUUGAAGAAAUUGUACAGUUUUCUAUAAGUUUUAAUUAAAGCAUACUUUUCAAUGGAAA